CUUCCUGUCCCGCCCCUUGACUUCCGGGGGGCGGGAACAGGUGGCGGUGGCUCCGCCCACUUGGGUGCCAAUUCAGGCUCCUCUCCCUCAGGGGCCGUCGGGAGCCGGCUGGAGUUUUCUGUGCUCCCUUCUCCCUCCGUCCUCCCUGGCCCCUUUCUGCUGCUGCUGUUGCUGCUUUUGCUGCCGCUGCUGCUGCUGCGUGCGUGAGUGAGGAGUGCGGAGGGGGGGGCCUUGCCGGCCUGCCCCCCCCCUCGCCCUCGCCUCCGGAGGGAGAAGCAUCGGCCCCCCAACGCCAACACCGAUACCAUCUGGGGGCCCACCCGCCUGCUUGCUUGCCUGCCUGGCCGGUUGCCCGGCCGGCUGACUGCCGCUCGCUGCUGCUGCUGUUCCUGUGUGGGAGCCGCUGCCUCCGUCGCGGAGUGCGAAGAGACUGCGUCCCUGGUUCGGGAGAUUGUGGAGGGGGUUGUUUGAGGACUGUGUUUUGAGUGACUUUGCCAUCUUUGCUCCUGGGGUGGUGGUGCCCCCAGUCGCGUUAGGAGUGUGGACGGUACUGAGCCUCUCGUUUGUAAUUCCUCGGACUGGAAGCCGUCGCUUGCCAGGAAGCUCCGAGGUCGACUUGGGAUCCUGCUGUCCCGUCCCCCGUAGCGGACUGUUGAAGGGGGUGCGGGGGGGGUGCGGUGCCCCCCCCCUUCGUUCAUCUACUCCCCCUCUACCACCACCCCCACCGCCGACAGCUGCCGACAACCCCUCCACCGCCCCGCGUGCCACCUGGACCUGCUUUUCGCCCCUCGGCAGGGCUGUUUGCUCCCCCCGCCAUUUCCAUCGUCCGGGACUGUUUACUUGCAGCAGUGAACGGCGGAGCCUGCGCUUCGCGAACGCUGUGGGUGCACCUUUUCCUUCGCCCUGGACUUCUCCUGCCCCCCAACUACGUUUCGCUGACCAGACGCCAUAGCACUGGGAUCCUGGAGCCCGCUCAGAUCACCGCGGCAAUUAUGAGCACUAUGAACACCACGCGCAUUGUCCUGGAGUAUAUGCAGAACCAGGACAUGCCAAAGCAAAACCCGGACCAGCCGAGGAGGCGAUUGCAGCGCGGCGACGAGAGUGAUGAGGAAAUUGACAUGGACAUAGACCUCUCACAAGGCACAGGCCCCAGCAAUGUGCAAAUCAUGGUGUUACUGGGGCAGGUUCAUGCCGUGGAAUGCCAAUUCUGGGCCCGGGAAACAAGCACAGACUGGUGGGACCGCAUCGUGCUGCAGGUGUGGAACGAUUCCCAGUGGCUGCGAAACUUUCGCAUGCGUAAGGGCACUUUCAUGGAACUUUGUGACUUGCUUUCCCCUGCCCUGAAGCGCCAGAAUACCAGGAUGAGAGCAGCCCUCACAGUUGAGAAGCGAGUGGCGAUAGCCCUGUGGAAGCUUGCAACUCCAGACAGCUACCAGUCAGUCGGGAAUCAAUUUGGAGUGGGCAAAUCUACUGUGGGGGCUGCUGUGAUCCAAGUUGCCAGGGCAAUGAAAGACCUGGUGAUAUCAAGGGUAGUGACUCUGGGAAACGUGCAGGCCAUAGUGGAUGGCUUUGCUGCAAUGGGAUUCCCAAACUGUGGUGGGGCGAUAGACGGAACCCAUAUCCCUAUCUUGGCACCGGAGCAUCAAGCCACCGAGUACAUAAACCACAAGGGGUACUUUUCAAUGCUGCUGCAAGCCCUGGUGGAUCACAAGGGACGUUUCACCAACAUCAAUGGGAUGGCCGGGAAAGGUACAUGAUGCUCACAUCUUCAGGCACUCUGGUCUGUUUCGAAAGCUGGAGGAAGGGACUUCCUUCCCGGACCAGAAAAUAACCAUUGGGGAUGUUGAAAUGCCUAUCGUUAUCCUGGGGGACCCAGCCUACCCCUUAAUGCCAUGGCUCAUGAAGCGUACACAGGCAGCCUGGACAGGAGUCAGGACCUGUUCAAUUACAGGCUAAGCAAGUGCCGAAUGGUGGUGGAAUGUGCAUUUGGACGUUUAAAAGCGCGCUGGCGCAGCUUACUGACUCGCUCAGACCUCAGCUAAAAGAAUAUCCCCAUUGUUAUUGCUGCUUGCUGUGCGCUCCACAAUAUCUGUGAGAGUAAGGGGGAGACAUUUAUGGCGGGGUGGGAGGUUGAGGCACAUCGCCUGGCCGCUGAUUACGCGCAGCCAGACACCAGGGCGGUUAGAAGAGCACAGCAGGGCGCGGUGCGCAUCAGAGAAGCUUUGAAAACGAGUUUUGUGACUGGCCAGGCUACAGUGUGAAAAUUCUGUUUGUUUCUCCUUGAUGAAUCCUCCGCCCCACCCCCCACCCGGUUCACUCUACUUCCCUGUAAACCAACCAUCCCACCCUCCCCUCCCCCUUCGAGCACCG